ACAGAGUUAAGGCUCAUUUACAUGCAGUUGGUCUGUUAUUCAAAUCUUGAGUCAGUUUCACAGCCUGCAGCCUGCAUCCUCAUUGGUCAGAAACACUGUGAGUAAAAACAAACAAACUGUUUGUCCGUCAAACUGAAGGAACGAUAAACUUCCUCAUGUGGACUCAGCUCCAUCACACCGUCCACCAGGUCACUGACGGACGGACUUCAGGGUCUGAUGCUUCAUGGCUGCAGUUUGUCCUCCAUGCUUUCAGCGUGUAAUCCCUCGGUGCGUCACAUGAUCAGUCCAGGCGUUAAAGGAAACACUUGCUGUGCAGAUCUGAAACAUCACGAGAAUCAGCUCUCCACCAAUCACGUCGUCCCUGUCCCCCAGAUACUGGACCACGGCGCCGUCCCUCUCGUCCUCUGCUCACACUCACCUCUCUGCUCUCUGCAGCAGACAUCUUGGUUUUUACCUGCUGACAUCACACUCAGAGUCGUCCUCGUAGACCUGAGCAGUUCAUUCGUCCUGACGCGUCUCCUCUGCUUCGUCUUCCUAGGUUUGAUCCUCCCGGAGAGAGAUGGCACACCUACCCCACAGACGUCAUGGCAACUUCCCCCAGAGGCGGGCCACCCUGUUGCCCAGGGUAACCAGGUGUAGAGUACAGCUGGCUCUGGAGGCUGUGUCAUCAGAGACUGGUUCAAAUCCAGAAACCACAGCAGAGGAGCCGAGGCUCCCGACACAACACGUAAUACAGACACACACAGAGCGACAGAGUAACGAUGGAGCAGAAGGUUUUCACAGCAGCUGAAGGAAGUUUACUGGGUUCAGGAAGAGAGCAGCUUCAACUUCCUGUCUGAUGAGAAUGACUCUAAAUCUCUGUCUUGUUUUAAACAGGUCUGCAGGUCUGGAUUCAGUGAGAUGGAGUCAGAUCAGUCCUGCAACAGAGACACCAGAGCAGCUCCGCCUUCACCUGAGAAACAUCAGCCUGGAAGAGACGUGACAGCUUUACUGAAGAGAAUCAGGAUUCACCCGGAGGCCCAGAGGAUUCUGGGUAACUCCUUCAUACCUGUGGUGACCCUGGAGCGUCUGAACCUUCGGUCUGUGUGGUUAUCAUGUCUGCAGCCUGUGGUCUCUCUGGUGAGACUGCCAUGUCAAACACGAGACAAACUCCAUGACCUCACUUCCUGUUUGGAUCGACCUCAGCAGAACGGAUUCAGUCACCACGAGGACAACACUUCAUCACCUCAGUCUGAUCUCAGCCAAUCAGAGCUCACCUUGACCUCGUGGACCGAACCGAUCUGUCCUGACAGCUCGCCCUCUGAAGAACCAGAGCAGGACUCAGGCUUCGACUGCGACUCGAAUCCAGAUCAGACCUACAUCCUGUUUGACUCUGACGAGUGGGACCCUGAUGGGAAAACUGAGACUUUUUAUCUGGAUCCAGAUCCUGAACAGACCAUGGUGAUCCAGCUGGAUCCAGAACCAGACGCAGACCAGGCAGAUCCACCUCUGCAGCUGGAGGAUGAGAUGAAAUGUGAAGUGGUUCAAAUGGACGAUGGUGAAGAUCAGAAACCUGAUCUCUACAGUUCUCAGGUCAAGCAGGAGAAACCUGAUCUCUACAGCUCUCAGGUCAAGCAGGAGGUAGAGGAAGAGGAGGAGGUAGAGGAGGAGGAGGUAGAGGAGUCGUCGUCCCUGCAGAGGCCUGGUCCUGGAUCAGGGACUGAGGAGAUGGAGAGUGAAGAUUUCUGUGCUGUUUGUCUGAACGGAGGAGAUCUGCUCUGCUGCGACCGCUGUCCUAAAGUUUACCACCUGUCCUGUCACAUUCCUCCGCUCAUCAGCUUCCCUCUAGGUGACUGGGCGUGUACGCUGUGCAGAAGUGAUCAGGAGCCUGUGGAGACGUACGACUGUGAGAACAAACCGUCCUGUGGAGGAGUCAAAGCUCCGUACACGCUGUCCAAUCAGGACCAGAGGAGGUGUGAGAAGCUGACCCUUCUGCUGUACUGUCACACCCUCAGCGCUCCGUUCCAUGAACCCGUCAGCGUCCUGGCCAGAAACUACUACCAGAUCAUCAAGAGGCCCAUCGACCUGUCGCUGAUCCGCAGGAAACUGGACAAGAGCAACACGUUGCACUACUUCACCGCCGAGCAGUUUGUCGAUGACGUCCUGCUGAUGUUUAAAAACUGCGCUACCUUCAAUUACCCGGACUCGGAGGUGGCUCAGGCCGGUCGGAGCCUGGAGGUGUUUUUUCUGGACAAACUGAAGGAGAUUUUUCCCGACCGGACGUUCCAGUCGGCGAGCCAGGACCGGACGGACAGGGCUCGCCUAUGCUGGCUCAGCAGGAAGAGGAAGGAGAACUACAGGAAGAGGAGAUUCGUGUUCACAGGGAAAAAAUAUUACCUGUAACUAACACCUGCAGAGACGCUCUGUAUGUUGAUGCCUUAAAGCUUUUUAAUAGAGUUUAAAGUUUAUUCUGAAAACAGGAGUUUUGUAUGAAGAGAGGGACGUUCAGGGGAACUCAUCAGGUUCAGUCAUUUUUCAUAUUUCAGGUAGAAACUUAUUUUUAAUGGAUCGAUGCUGUUUAGUU